GUCCCACACAGCCCACUGCCUGAUGUCACCCUUGCCAUUGGUCACAUUGGUGUCGCGACCUUCAGCUGAUCAUGCUAGCGCUAGCAGGGCCAGCUAGAUCGAGAGUCGAGAGUCGAGACCCGCUUGAAACCACUCAUCAACAAUCCGAGCAGCCUUCGCACCACCUUUCUUAGAGCUGCACGCUUGCAGAUCGAUGGCGGAUCCGCCUGCUCAACCCAGCAACCAGGCAGAGCUGCUGCAGGAUCCAGCCGCGCGCAAAAGUGAUGCGCAGUCGGGGCCAGCAGCUCCUCAAAGCGAUGCAACGGAGCAGUUUCGGAUGCCCAGCCCUGAGGAGAUGCAAGCGCAGGACUUCAUGAACAAUUGCUUUGUGAGGUCGGCCUUUGCGGGCGUUGCAGGCGGAGGAAUGGGGCUGUUUAUGGGGCUCCUUUUGGGCAGUUUCAGCGACCCGUUCGUUGACGAGACGGGGUGGACGUCACGACAAAAGCUGAUGCACACGCUGCGCCAGAUGGGGUCUCGCAGCUACAGCACUGCAAAAGCGUUUGCGGUCAUGGGAGCGGUCUUCUCCGGCAGCGAAUGUGUCAUCGAAAAGGCUCGGGCCAAGCACGAUAUGUACAACGGAAUGCUAGCGGGCUGCUUUACCGGGGGGGUGCUUGCCGCCCAAGCUGGGCCACAAGCAGCGUGUAUAGGAUGUGUUGGAUUCGCUGCCUUUUCGGUUGUCAUAGACAAGUUCUUGGAACGCGACUGAUUACAUGGUGUCGUUACAUAGAUUCAAUUCCAUUGAUCCAGAUUCGAGACUGGGACCCGAUUGUUUUAAAAGCUUUGAUAUCAAUUCUUUCAACUUGUUUUGUGUUUGAUACUUCAGGAAAUCAGGUGAACUGAAGGGAUCGAUCGUCAGUUCGUCAAGAAUUUUUGAGUGAAAGCCGCAAUGGGAAUGGUUUAUGAGCUGGACGGUCAUGUUGCUCUCUUCAGUCAAGCCUUACAUAGAAAUGGACUGUGGCGGGCCAGUAAACUGCAAUUGUAAUGUUCGAG